AUGGUCAGUUUUGAUGUUCAGUCACUAUUCACAUGCCUACCUAUUAAAGACUGCAUCUCAAUUGUUACUAGAAAGCUAGAAGAUAACAACAUGCCUACAGAAUAUGCAGUAUUACUCAAACACUGCCUCACAUCUGGCUAUUUAUUGUGGAAAGAAGAGUUCUACAUGCAAGUAGACGGAGUGGCAAUGGGCUCACCUGUAUCUCCCGUAGUCGCCGACAUAUUCAUGGAGGACUUUGAGGAGAAAGCCCUUCUUACUGCUCCUGUAAAUCCAAGAUUCUACAAGCGGUACGUAGACGAUACUUUCACAAUUUUACCAUCUGACAAAGUAACUGCAUUUUUAAACCACCUUAAUUCCAUAAACCCUAAAAUACAAUUCACAAUGGAGUUAGAGGCAAACAAUACUUUAGCUUUUCUAGAUGUUUUAGUCAUCCGAAAUCCUGAUAACACUAUUGGUCAUACUGUGUACAGAAAAAAUACCCAUACCAACCGAUAUUUAAAUGGUGAAUCUCACCAUCAUCCUUCACAGUUAGCUACCGUGGGAAAAUCUUUGUUUCAGAGAGCACGAGGGAUCUGUGACAGAAAACAUCUGGCCGCCGAGCUUCAGCACGUCGAGCAAGUACUGCAAGACAACAAGCUUCGGGUCCCGCGCCUACGUCACAGUGACCGAGUGAAGCCAGCCACAGUCGAGCGUGUGCCUGCUGUACUACCCUAUGUCAGAGGAGUCACAGACAAGGUUGGCUACAUCUUGAAGCGAGCUUCCAUUAAAACGUACUUCAAGCCGCUGAAGAAGAUUAGUCAAUUUUUACCAUCCGUCAAGUGUCAAAUCCCUCUACAAGAUGCAGGAGUGUACAAGCUGGAUUGUGAAUGUGGUCUCUCGUACAUAGGACAAACAAAAAGAUCUGUUAAAACCCGCGUUAAAGAACAUAUAGCUGACGUGAAGCACCGACGUAUCGGGAAGUCUGCAGUUGGUGAACAUGUUCAAGAUCGUCCCCGCCAUUACAUUAGAUUUGAUAGACCACAAAUCCUCGCAAAAGAACACCGAUUCCUCCCAAGGAUGAUUCGCGAGGCUAUUGAAAUUAAAAAACAUCCUAAUUUCAAUAGAGAAGAUGGAUGGGUGCUGCCAUCUGCUUGGGAUCCCAUUAUUAAUAAAAUCAAAUCCAAACCCAAGUAUACCACUGCUAGACUUCAAGAUACUGUAAGCUCAUUCUGCGUAAAUCGAACCAAAAAUUAA